AAGAGGAGCGCUGAGUGAGAUUGAGCCGGACGCUCCGGGAGGCGAAGGGGGCGGGGGGAGCAGCGCCGCGGCCGCCGCCGCCUCCGCCUCCGCCGCCUGGGACGAGGGGGUGGGGGACGGACGAGCCCCGAUGCCGGGGGAGACGGAAGAGCCGAGACCCCCGGAGCAGCAGGACCAGGAAGGGGGAGAGGCGGCGGCGGCCAAGGCGGCUCCGGAGGAGCCCCAACAACAGCCCCCUGAGGCGGCGGCGGCGGCGGCGGCGCCUGCAGGGACCACUAGCAGCCGCGUGCUGAGGGGAGGUCGGGACCGGGGCCGGGCCGCUGCGGCCGCCGCCGCCGCCGCUGUGUCUCGCCGGAGGAAGGCCGAGUAUCCCCGCCGGCGGAGGAGCAGCCCCAGCGCCAGGCCUCCCGACGCCCCAGGGCAGCAGUCCCAGGCCGCGAAGCCCCCGUCUCCAGCUCAGGGCAAGAAGAGUCCGCGACUCCUAUGCGUGGACAAAGUAACAACUGACAAAGAUCCUAAGGAAGAGAAAGAGGAAGAAGGAGAUUCUGCUCUCCCUCAAGAAGUUUCCGUUGCUGCAACUAGGCCUAGCCGGGGCUGGCGCAGUAGUAGCAGGACAUCAGUUUCUCGGCAUCAUGACACAGAGAACACCCGAAGCUCUAGGUCGAAGACUGGUUCAUUGCAGCUCAUCUGCAAGUCAGAACCAAAUACAGAUCAACUUGACUAUGAUGGUGCAGAAGAACACCAGUCUCCAGGUGGCAUUAGUAGUGAUGAGGAAGAGGAGGAAGAAGAAGAGAUGCUAAUCAGUGAAGAGGAAAUACCAUUCAAAGACGACCCAAGAGACGAGACCUACAAACCCCACUUAGAAAGGGAAACCCCAAAACCACGGAGAAAAUCGGGGAAGGUGAAAGAAGAAAAAGAGAAGAAAGAAAUUAAAGUGGAAGUGGAGGUAGAGGUGAAAGAAGAAGAGAAUGAAAUUAGAGAGGAUGAGGAACCUCCUAGGAAGAGAGGAAGAAGGCGAAAAGAUGACAAAAGUCCACGAUUACCCAAACGGAGAAAAAAGCCUCCAAUCCAGUAUGUCCGUUGUGAGAUGGAAGGAUGUGGAACCGUUCUUGCUCACCCUCGCUAUUUGCAGCACCACAUUAAGUAUCAGCAUUUGCUGAAGAAGAAAUAUGUAUGUCCUCAUCCCUCCUGUGGGCGACUCUUCAGGCUCCAGAAGCAACUUCUACGACAUGCCAAACAUCAUACAGAUCAAAGGGAUUAUAUCUGUGAAUAUUGUGCCAGGGCCUUCAAGAGCUCUCACAAUCUGGCAGUGCACCGGAUGAUUCACACUGGCGAGAAGCCGUUACAAUGCGAGAUCUGUGGAUUUACUUGUCGGCAAAAGGCAUCCCUUAAUUGGCACAUGAAGAAGCAUGAUGCAGAUUCCUUCUACCAGUUCUCUUGCAAUAUCUGUGGCAAAAAAUUUGAGAAGAAGGACAGCGUAGUGGCACACAAAGCAAAAAGCCACCCCGAGGUGCUGAUUGCCGAAGCUCUGGCUGCCAAUGCAGGCGCCCUCAUCACCAGCACAGAUAUCUUGGGCACUAACCCAGAGUCCCUGACACAACCUGCAGAUGGGCAGGGUCUUCCUCUUCUUCCUGAGCCAUUGGGAAACUCCACCUCUGGAGAGUGCCUCCUGCUAGAAGCCGAAGGGAUGUCAAAGUCAUACUGUAGUGGGACAGAGCGGGUGAGCCUGAUGGCUGAUGGGAAGAUCUUUGUGGGAAGUGGCAGCAGUGGGGGCACUGAAGGGCUGGUCAUGAACUCGGAUAUACUCGGUGCUACCACAGAGGUUCUGAUUGAAGAUUCAGACUCUACUGGACCUUAGUGGAAGGGAAGACUUUGGGCACUGGGACAGCUCAGACUUUGUAUUUAAAAGAUAAAAAGGACAAAAAAAAAAAUUUAAAGCAUUUAAAAUCUAGUAAAAUAACUGAAGGGCCUGCUCUUUCCAUUGUGGAUCACAGCACACACAUCUACACCCACCUUCUUCUCCCUCUAUUGUCCCCUUUAUAAAAUUGAUGUUGCCUUUACCAAAAAGGUAGGCAAAAAAGAAGAAGCUCUUAAAGUGAGGGUUAUCCUCCUACUCCGUUCCAGCCAGGCAGACUUCGUGUUCACCGGCAGAUCCCUUCUUAAACCUGUAACUCUGAUGUGCUCUGGAUCAGCUUUUAACUCUUGAUAGUAUAUUACUGUCCUCUAAGCCCCUUCUCCUUCACUGCUGCCCUAUGGUUCUGGCUUCUACCCACCGCGGCACACUUACCCCAAAGCAUCAUACAGUUCUAAUCUCUGGAGGCUGGCAGCUUGACUUGGCACUUUAGGCCCCCUGGCAGGGUGAGCUGUUAAAACAGCCCACCUCUCUCACUCACCCCCUUCUCCUCCAUUCCCUGCUGGGUUUAGGAAAGGAAGGAUUCAUGGGGACCACCUCCCUCCUCUGUGACCCCAGCACUUCAGUCCCCUCCCAACACCUCCAUCUGGUUCUCAGUGGUGCUCAUUAGCUUGGAAGCAGGCUCCCAACAGGGAGGGGGGCUGCCCUCUACGUGGUUUCUCUGACCAUAAGACAGGGCUCUGUAUCAGUGAGAAAAGUCCCAGACUAAUGGCAGAAAUUUGCACUUUGAACAUGUGUGUUUUUGUGUUGUGGAACCUGAGAUUCCUUAUUUAUUAAUGGAAAGUCUGAUUUUUUUUUUUUUUUUUUUUUUUUUUUUUUUUGGAUCUUUGUUGCUAUAUUUUGUGGGGCUGGGAGAGAUUAGAUUGUUCUGACAUGGGGUCCUUUCCAUAAGAAGUACUUUUGAAGGCAAGAUAUAGGGUUGAAGAAGCACAGCCAGCCUCUAAAUCAUAGCUCUCCAGUGGCCUUUAAAGAAAGCUGGUCCUCAGCACUAACAAAAUCACUACAGUAGCAUACAGUAGCCUAAUGCUUUUUCAGAAGCCUAUUUAGGGAAGGUUGUUAGGUUUUCAGUAUUUAGUGCUCUUUGAGUUUUUAGAGCAUUGAAAUUUAGGAAUUUUGAGAGGAUGAGAAGGAUUGUUCAGGGUCUGAAUUACAGAUACAAGAUUUUCUCUUAUGCAUUUAUUUUCUUUUUUUGUCCCCUUCAUUUCUUCCUGCACACCUUCCUGUUGGCCCAACUGUGGCCCCUUGCUUUGUUUUGGUUUUUGCUUUAUCAUUGGUUCAUUCCAGCUCCCAAUUAGUGAAGGACACUGCCAUCAGUGAAGAGGUCUAUGACUCGUACAGUUUUAAGUCAAGGAAAAUUGCUCUGUUUUGUUUUCCUUCUAAGAACACUUCAGAAGAGGAAAGACUUCCAUAGACGAAGUUAAUAAUCUGUAUAAUAAUCACCUUGGCUUUCACCUAAAAUUCUGGGAAUUACCACUUCCAUUGAGAUAGAAUGGGGUAGACUGCUUAUUCCUGUCCAUGGGAGAGGCAGGUGGUGUUUUUUUUACAAGUUUAUAACUCCCAGAAGACUAAAAACCUAUUAGGGGAUUUUUAGAGAAUUAGAAGGGCAGUUUCUAUUCUUCUGUGUACCUCACAAGCCAGAGUUAAAGGCUUGUCCUAUUCAUUGUUUGUCAGAAAUGUGUGAUGGCUAUUGGAAAGAAUGAAGUUUUGCUGGGAGCAAAAUAAGGAACGGCUUGUUUUUCACAAACACUAAAAUGACAAAGUUUAUUAAUUUUCUCUUUGAUUUAUUUUUUUCCAAAAAGAGGGGUAACAAAAUGUCAUCUCUGAAAGAGGCUUACUUUACACCCACUAGUGUCAGUGGUUGGGAUGCCAGGGAUAGGGAGUCAGACACCUACAGUGAACAGACUUAAAUGCACCAUUGUUUCUUUUCAGAGUGUUGCAGAUUUGCCGUCCCUCCAGUGUGGGGGUAGAAAAUGGAAUAAGGAUAGAAGGGAUGUAGAAUAUGCUUUCCUGCCCACAGUAAGGAUUUGGAAUGGACUCUGGUAUG